AUGCCGGCUCAAUUGCAGAGUAAAAGGGUAUGGUUACUUCUGGCUGCUUCAAUAACAUUACAUAUAUUCUUAUUGGUCAAUACUAGAAUAGUAGGAGAUAGGACGUCGACAUCUCCCGGUAAAAGGUUAUUACGUAGAUGGACGACAGACAAUUCCAUACCCAUACCUGCAGAAUCAUUAUUGGAACUACCAUAUUCAGAAUGGUAUGACAAUCUACCACCAGCAGCAAGACCUUUUUACAUUUUCAUUUUACUCUUAAUCCUUAUUUUCUUAUUUUCAUUCAUUGGUAUAUCAGCAUCGGAUUUCUUCUGUCCAAACUUAUCCACCAUAGCGACUUAUCUGGGAUUGAAUGAGUCAACUGCUGGAGUCACCUUUUUGGCUUUUGGAAAUGGAAGUCCAGAUGUUUUUAGUACUUUUAGUGCAAUGAAAAAUGAAACUGUUGGAUUAGCAAUUGGAGAAUUGAUAGGUGCUGCCAGUUUCAUCACUUCCAUUGUGGUAGGGUCGAUAGCUUUUAUUCGACCAUUUCACGUUCCUCGACAUGCGUUCUUACGAGAUGUACUCUUCUUCACAUCGGCUGUAUUACUACUCGUCGUAGUAUUACGUGAUGGUCAUCUAGCAUUGUAUGAAGCAGGAAGUAUGGUCGUACUGUACGUGGCUUACGUGGGAGUUGUUGUCGGUGGAAAUUGGUGGGCACGUAGAAGAAGACAGAGAUUAUCGCAGGAGCAUCUAGCACAUCAUCACGACGAUCAUGAUCAAUCCAAUUCAAAAUCACCUUUACUCAACGGGAACGGUGGAUCAUCUCAAAGAAGUAGAAGGAGUUCAAAUCAUUCUUCACCUCAUCUAUCACCUAUACCUGAACCACUCGAUAUAGAUGAAGACGAAGAACUCAAUCAUACAGACACUCCAGGUGAAUUAACACCUAUAAACGAAUCAAGGCCCAAUUUAGGUAGAACAAGAUCACAUACUACCUCAACGUCACAUAUUCAUAAUUUUCAUCACCUUUCACAUCCUCAGUUACAUCAUCACGAUUCAAUCGAUACUCCCCGAGCCAACUUCUCGUUAUUGGGUGCCAUUGAAUUUAGAGAUGUGGUGAACUCACUUAGAAAAGAAUCAAAUUCUAGGGUCAACAGUCCAGGUCCAGGUUCAGGUCAUGGAGAUAGAGAUCGAGAACAGACUGAUUAUUUCGGUCCGAUGUCAUCAAUUGGACAUAGAAGAUCUUCCUCAUAUGGAUUUGGUUUGAAUUCUGCUCUAUCAUCUUCGCAGCAACUACCUAGAAGAACCACAUCUGUCAAAGGAAGAAGAAGAGCUUCGACACAUACAUCUCCAACCGGUGGUCAAGGCAAUAGGAGUGUUUCUGUUCCUGCUCAAUCAUCACCUGAUAUAGGUGUUGUCACCUCAGAACCUAAUCCGUGGGAAGAUCAAACCGGCAAUCCACCCACGCCACAAUUACCAAGUCAAUUGACUGUCCCAUCUCCCAAACCUACUCGACCUAAAGUGAUUAUUCCUCAUUCAGAACAAAGGGUUCACUUGUCGAGACCUUCUGUACCAUCAAUCUCCGUCAUAGAUCCAUCAGGAAAUGCCGAUAUCCCAGCUGAACAAGCCACUCCUCUUCCUACUCCACCUCUACCCAUAUUCGGCAAACACGAAUCUCGAUUCGCAGUGCGAAGAAGGUCCGGUAUGAUUCUAAGAACACUAUUUCCUUCAUUACAAUCGUUUAGACAUAAAUCUUGGAUCGGAAUGAUAUUAGCUAUCACAUCUGUUCCUGCUAUCUUAGCUCUUACACUGACUUUACCGGUAGUGGACGAUGGAGGUCAAGGUGAUCAAGGUGGUAUCGCUUUACCUACAGACACAGAGGAAGGAUUGGAUGAUCGUAUAGAUGGGGAUGACCAAACUGAAUGUUCAUCUGAUGAAGGUUCAGCCAAUGAAGAGAAUGAUCAUUUUUUAAAUCCUGGCAUUGGUGGAGAAUUACACCAUUUGGUCGAUCAUGGAUUCUCACCGUUACAUUCGCCACUAGGUAGAAUAUCGCAUUCGUCACUUAGAAGACUGAAUUCACACAUAGAAGAUGGAGGCGAUUUAGAGCUCGAGGAUGGUGUGGAUGAUGAUAAGGAAGACCUAAUUGAGGAGCUGAAUGAAGAAAGAGGUUUAGAAUACAAUAAAUGGUUGACUGCAACUCAAUGUGUGCUAGGACCUACUUUCUGUGUUUUCGUCAUGUUCAGUGAACAACCGUACUUCUUCUGGGUACUUCUCGCCUCGUGCAUCACCGGUUCUCUUGGUGCGGUGGCGACGUUGUAUAUCUCAACAGAUGGAUCGUCCUAUCCAUGGAGGUUGGUUAGGUGUUUCUGUGGAUUCAUAUGUAGUAUGGUUUGGAUAGCUGCUAUUGCUGAUGAGGUAGUAGGAGUGCUGAAUACCGUCGGAGAGAUCUUAGGCUUGAGUGAUGCCAUCAUUGGAUUGACUAUCUUUGCAGUCGGCAAUAGUCUUGCGGAUUUAGUCGCAAACGUGACUGUUGCUCAAUUUGCUCCUGCUAUGGCUUAUGGUGCAUGUUUCGGAGGGCCGAUGUUGAACUUGCUUCUGGGAGUGGGUGGAUCAGGAACUUAUCAUAUCUUAUUUCAACCUUCACAUGCUCCUGUGAAAAUUCAUUUCUCACCUACACUUUGGGUUUCAGCAGCUGGAUUGAUCUUAAUCUUAGUGGCAACAGCGAUAUUCGUGCCCAUGAACGGAUAUCUUAUAGAUAGACGUUGGGCAUGUUGUUUGAUCGUUGCUUACAUAGUUCUGAUGAGUAUAAACGUAGCUGUAGAGAUCAAAACUGGGAGAGCAGAGUAG